UGUAACUCAGAGCCACACUCAUGAACUUUGGUUUUUAAAUUUAUUUCGUGUAACUCAGAGCCACACUCAUGAACUUUGGUUUUUAAACUUAUUUCAUGUAACUCAGAGCCAGACUCAUGAACUUUGGUUUUUAAACUUAUUUCCUGUAACUGAGAGCCUCAUGUUGAGUGUUCUGCUGAUAGCUCAAGGAUCUCAUAUAUUUAAAGUAUUUAUGGAGAGGGUUUGUUAAGAUUCAGUAAAAUAACAACAUAAUGAAACACACUUCAUUGUUUUUAUAAGUUCAGUUAGUCUGUAGAUAUCCUUGUGGAGGGAUUUUUAUUUUGUAUGUACCGAUCCAAGGGUAAAGAUUCUCUCAUUUGUAGGAUUGUAACAGUAACUUUUCUACCAUUGUGUUGUACAAGUCAGUUGAUUGACUUAGUUUCUUUCAGGCUAUCAAGCAUCGUAAAAGAUCGUACAACAUUAUAUAUGUUGUGAUUGCGUCUGUGACACUUUUUUUGAUAUUCUGAGUAGCUUUCCAAAGAUUUGGUGUGCCUCACCAACUUUGAUGUGAACCAUGUGUACAAAGGCUUUAACUGGAGAAAGAAGUACAAAGCACCUACUGAUUUUGGAUUUGCAAUAAAGCAUCCAGAAAUCCAGAUAAAAUCCUGUAGAAGCAUCAAAUUCUUGUGUGCAGAGGAUCCUCUUUCCUUAAAGCUCUGGGUGACUGGAAUACGUAUAGUAAAGUUUGGUCACCAGCUGAAAGAAAACUAUGACAAUAUAAUGAGGGAUAUUGAUGAAGAAGACCUGGAUACACUAGCUCAUGCUCGCAGUUUUUCUGUUAGUUCUAUGGCCAAAACCUCAUCCACUGCUUCCAGUGGAAUGGAACCUACUGACCAGCAAGAUCCUUUAACUAUUGUACAAAAGGUUAUAUCCCAUUCGUCAGUUAGAAAAAAUACAGAAUUUAGACGAAGUCUGGGUUCUAAUUUAGUGUCAAGUCGUGUAUUAUUUGAACACGGCCAGCCGAGGAGUUCAUUCAUUCGAAGAGACUCGAUAAAGUCUAGUAGCAGUAGUAGUGGGUGUUCUAGUGUAAGCACUCCCACCAAUGAUCAAAUAGUCUUUGAGGCAGAUUUUCCUGUAGGCACCAUUAAACGAAAACCUAGCAUGGCACCAAAGAUUCCACUUACUAGCACAACUCGCAUCAUAGCUAAACAGUCUAUGACCGAAGAUUUUCGCAACAGCAUUGUUAGCCUGGACACUGUACAGGAAAGCAACACAACUGUCGGUGCUAACACACUUGGUAGAAACUCUAUGGCUCGAAUGAGUUUACGUCGAUCUCACCCAGAGGAUGAAAUUACUUUAUCAAAGCUGUCUGUUGAUUCAGGCACCUUAACGAAACAUAUCGAGAAACUUCAAGCAGUUACUUAUGGUGCUGUUGACAGUUGUACAAAAACAUUGGUUAAUAAUAUCAGUGACGAUGACGAACUUCCACCACCACCACCAGAAGCUUUCAACAGUGGAGGAAGUACCCUCAGCUUGGACUCCUUACCUCCACCUCCUUCAUCACUUCAUGAUCAGGUUAGUUGGCCCAGUACAUCAAGUUUAAAUUCACUGCCCCCUCCACCUAGUGAAAUUACACAGAGGUUAGAAGAUGGUAAAUCACUUGAGGUAGGCUCUUAUCUAACGUGUCAGGAUGAACUGAAAUGUCCACAGAAUGCCCCAGCUGUGCCACCUAAACCAGUAUAUUGUAAAGAAUACAGGUCAUUAGAGGCGGAAAAUCUCGUGUUCUGCUUGCAUCAGGAUGAGAGUAGUGUUACACCACUGUUAAGUCAGAAAGUUGAAAUUCCUGUAGGUAGCUGUUGUGGCACUCAGCAACAGUCUAUAGAAUGCCCAAAAAGUCCCGAGCAUGGGUCUUUAAAACGGCGUGUUUCCUUUUCCUACUCACCAACUGAGAGAAAACUUGUGGUGGCUUCAAGUUCUAGCCAAUCACAGCUCUUAAACCAAGAUAUCAUCAGCCCUAAUCAGAUUAAUAAUACUUACCAAAAACCUGAACCUCCCAGAAGAAGUGAAACUACAAGACUAUCAGGUCGAUUCCCUGCUACUCGUAGAUCAUCUUUCUCUGUCAUGAGCUGUUGUGGCCAAAAUGACCAACAGCGAAAUGUAACAACUCCUCAUCAUUUUCUUCGUGAUUUACAACGAGUUAUGGAAAAGAAGUGGAAGGUUGCCCAGCAGUUAUCAGCUGAUCUGACAGCAACUCCACACCAAAUAAUGGGUUUCAGAGACCCGUGUUUCCUGCCCCCUGAAUUCUCCUCCACUCUUUCUCACACACCACUUCAUCCUCCCGAUUCCUGCCAUACUGAUCCCUGUCCAAAACACCAUCAUCAUCACCUUCAACAGUAUCCAGAUGGACAUCAAAAACAAAAUGUUUUCGCUAAAAAGAAACUGCCUCCACCACCACCAAAGAGAAGUGAAACUACUCACUUAACUAGAAGGCAGUAACUGUUCCCUGAAUAGUGUCCGAGCUGUUUACUUUCAUGGACCGACUGGUAGGAUCUGCUACAAGGCAGUAACUAUUCCCUGAAUAGCGUCCGAGCUGUUUACUUUCAUGGACCCACUGGUAGGAUCUGCUACAAGGCAGUAACUAUUCCCUGAAUAGCGUCCGAGCUGUUUACUUUCAUGGACCCACUGGUAGGAUCUGCUACAAGGCAGUAACUAUUCCCUGGAUAGUGUCCGAGCUGUUUACUUUCAUGGACCGACUGGUAGGAUCUGCUACAAGGCAGUAACUAUUCCCUGAAUAGCGUCCGAGCUGUUUACUUUCAUGGACCCACUGGUAGGAUCUGCUAGAAGGCAGUAACUAUUCCCUGAAUAGUGUCCCAAAAACAGACACAAACAU